ACAGACUCACCACGCCCCAAUCUCCAUCGCCUGUCCUUCGACCCGCCAGCCUAUUCUUUGAUCGCUUGUCGCUUUCUAUUUAGAUCCGCGCAACUGACUUCAUCUCACCAAUACCCCGCAAUACCCGCGAAACCGCUACGACCCGCAGCCAAUGCAACAUUUCCUCGCGCAUCAGCAACAGUACGGCGAGUGGGGUCAGGGCCACCACCAGCAGCCGCAACAUCACGUAGCCCAACAUGGACAGCAUCAAGCGCAGGCCGCCCAGUUGCAUGCCCAGCAGCAGGCUCAGGCCGUUCAAGCAGCUGCGCAGCGCCAGUACCACCAGCAGCUUGCGGCCAACAAUGGCUCCACGCUGCCAGGAAACAACGCCGUUCCCCGAGGACCUGCAAACGACGUCCAGGCAGCCGAUGUCGGCAUGACGGAUGAAAAUAGGCGCGUUUUAGAAUGGGUAACCCAGCUCAUGAAGCCUGCUACCAGGGAGGCCGCGCUUCUGGAGUUGAGCAAGAAGCGGGAGCAGGUCCCCGAGCUGGCUCUGAUUCUCUGGCAUUCUUUCGGUGUUAUGGCUUCUCUCCUCCAAGAGAUCAUCUCCGUUUACCCGCUGCUCAAUCCUUCGCAAUUGACCGCUGCAGCAUCUAACCGUGUCUGCAAUGCUCUCGCGCUUCUUCAAUGCGUGGCUUCUCAUACUGAAACCCGUGGCUUGUUUUUGAGUGCACACAUUCCGCUCUUCCUGUACCCGUUUCUCAACACGACGUCCAAAUCACGACCCUUCGAAUACCUACGUCUUACGUCUCUCGGUGUAAUUGGCGCUCUUGUCAAGAAUGACUCUUCUGAAGUCAUCAAUUUCCUUCUCACUACUGAGAUUAUCCCACUUUGUCUCCGUAUCAUGGAGACGGGCUCGGAGCUCAGCAAGACUGUGGCGAUUUUCAUUGUCCAGAAGAUCUUGCUGGACGACAUUGGUCUUGCAUACAUCUGCCAAACAUACGAGCGUUUCUAUGCUGUAGGCACCGUCUUGAGCAACAUGGUCAAUCAGCUCGUUGAGCAACAGACGGUUCGCUUACUGAAGCACGUUGUGCGUUGCUUUCUCCGCUUGAGCGAUAAUGCUCGCGCUCGCGAGGCGCUGCGCCAGUCCUUACCCGAGCCGCUCCGAGAUGCUACUUUCUCUUCUGUUCUACGGGACGACGCCGCCACCAAGCGUUGCCUUGCUCAACUCUUGAUCAAUCUCUCCGACAAUGUUGUCGAUGCGGCAAAUAACCAACAGCUCAUGCACUAAGAUGACGAAUGAUGCGCUGGCUCUUUGAUAAGUUCUGACAAUUGGCCUGGGUAUGUUCAGUCCUGAACAACCCUUUCUCGCCUUCUGUAUAUCUACGGCUUCGGCUUUUACUCCAUUUGGCACGGCGGCCUCUGUGAGCAACAUACCCCUUGGUUUGAUCUGGUUUGGCUUAUGGAAACGGUGUGAAUUCGGCGUUAGGGUUUCUCAUAUGGGAUACCCGUAGCAACAGUCUUUUGUGGCAUGUGCUACUUCUUGCAUUAUUAUUUUUCUUCUUUGACUCUGAUGGUCAUGGCGAGGAGUUUGGGGCAUUGCAUGGCGUAGUGCACAUCCAUGCAUGGCAAAAAGCGACUGUAUAUUACUAUAGUUAUUCUGCCUACGGGCAGGCGAGAAAUGUGGAAGUAUGCGAAGACCU